AUGGCUCUUGAAGUAAUCGGUGGAAUAGCGAGCAUUCUUCAACUCGCAGGAACCGUCUACACGAUAUCAAAAACCCUCUACGAAGUGGGAGAAGCUUUAUCCAAUGCCCCUUCCGAUAUUAAGGAGUUGGCAGGAGAUCUCGAAACUUUCUCAGAUGAGCUUCAUCUGUUAUCCACAUUGCUUCACAGUAAAGAUGGUCGCUAUGCAGAUCGGGUGUAUAGGCUUACAGCUAAAAUCAUUGGGGAUUGUGCGACGAUAUGCACGAAAAUUGAUCGAAUUAUCCGGAAAUUGAGAAGUGGUAGUGUUUUGGCCAAAACUAAAUGGUUGUAUAAAGAAAAGGAAAUUAUGAAGUUGUUGGCGAGACUUCGUGACUUAAAGUUAAGUCUGAUGGGUACAUUGAGUGUGUUAAGUGCACUGAGAGCCGAUAGUAUGAUCGACUCCUUGGGUAUAAAUAACCCCAGUUUGAUUGGAGGCCAAAAUAAACACGGUUUAUCGACAAAGACACGCAUGCAAGUAGAGGACACGAGACUGAAACUAGCCAGCAUAUCGAUGAAGGAUACUACGGGAGCCUCUUCAGGGCCAAAACCUAUGUUAACAUUAAGCGCGUCUUCUAUUUCGGGGGGCUCAAGCCCUAUUUUGAGUACGUCAGCUACAUCGGCAACCUAUGUUGGUCUCCCACCAACUAGAAUGCCCAGUACCACCAGUUUUUCUGCAUCCUCAUUCAUUUCAAUGGCAGUGAUGCCAAAUAGCAUACCGCCAAUCCUGAAUGCUCAAGCGAACCAGUCUGUAGAUUCCUUCCACAGCGCCUUAUCAAAUCAAGAUCAAGACUCUUUAGAUGGCCAAAUGAUGCUAGAACAAGUGGAGAGCUCUCUCAAACCAGAAGAUCCUAACCAUGUACCUGUGAUACCGCAGUCUGUCAUUGUAUCCGAUAGACAUGACAAAAGCUCAUUUCCGGCAGAAGAGAGCCGACAACUAGAUACUUCAGUAUCAAAAUCUCUCAAGAGCUGGAGAAAUGAAAUGGCUCUUCAGCAAUGA